AUGGCUUUCAACGACUGCAAUAUACCCAAUUGCAUUUAUCAAGCGCUGGUACUUGACAGCACAUGUCAAAUGUGCUAUGGUAGCUUUUGCUAUCAGCAUUAUGACAAUCAUCACUGUCAUGACGGCAAGAACUCAGACGGCUCAGACAAAACUUCAGGCAUAGAAGACUGGUAUCAGCCCGAGAUAUCACAAGUCAUACAAUUGCUCGCUGUGACAACUCCUCAUGAAGUUCAGAGGCUCUUGCAACUUUCAUAUCAAGAUUGA